CGUAACGGCUGAGUUUGUUAUUUUGAAGUUGAAUUUACUUUUGAGGCAAAAAACAUAUCGAAGGAUCGCUGCGAGAUUUUGAUAGGAAUUGAUCCGCACGUAUCUGGAUCUCAGAGAAUCAGAAACUUUUCGUUUCCUCCCCCCCCCCCCCCCCUUCCCUUUCUGAUGUCCUCUGAUUCGCUGAGGUUACCAAUGGUUGAUUGCCGGAGCUUGAUUGAGUUCUGCAAAGCUUUCGAGCAGCAUAGGAAUAUGGCAAAUUCGCUGGGCGUGUCUGAACAUCGGAGCAAUCAGGGUCAUUUUCGUAGUAAGAAGCAUGGCAGUUCCUUAAACCCCUUAUCCCAUCCUUUUUGUGAUCACUCGCCAUUUGCUGCCAUUGACAUUAUUAUAUUGUUCCUGGUACUCGGAGCAUUGGGGUUUCUAACUGUGCCUUACUUCAAAUUCAUUUUCCGAGAAGCUUCUGAGCUUCUUCCUGUGGUUUGGGUCUUCAUCGGUGAUGUUAUAAACAAUGCACCCGUGGCAUAUGCAGUUGGAUUGGUUGUAACAUUUGUCACCAUGAUCGCAGUGUGGGAGAUUGUCCAUUACAAAUCUAGGAAGUGCGGAAACCCUUACUGCAAGGGUCUUCGCAAGGCAGUAGAAUUUGAUAUCCAGCUUGAAUCAGAAGAGUGCGUGAAGCAUUUGCCAUCAGUGCCAGAUGAUGCAUAUGGAGUCCAACCACUUGAGUUAGGGCAGGAUCACAAGGAACUGGAAGCUGAGUUGAAGCGGAUGGCACCACUUAAUGGUCGUACUGUACUUAUCUUUCGAGCACCGUGCGGAUGUCCCGCUGGUAGAAUGGAGGUCUGGGGACCUAAGAAACUUCGUAGAAUUAAGAAGUAGAUAAAGGCAUUUGAGUCACUACAACUGCUAUUUUUAGUUUUUAUUUCUUUCUUUUAUUAUUAAUAAACUAAAACUAUGAAGAAUCCAGUUGGAUCUUGCUAGUAGUUCCCCACUUUUGAAAUAAGUGACAUCCAGUAUGGUAUAUGAUCGCAUUUGAUGGGGAAUCUUGUAUCUUUUUUUUUUUUUUUCAUUAUAUACGAUGGUUCAGACUACCAUUCAGUUAGUCUUAUUAAGUUAUUAUGGUUUAAACUUUAAAUUGCAUGCCUAAUUGUCUUGUCA